AUGGGCAAGAUUAUGAAGGGUAAGGUCGUGCUCGUCCUCGGCGGACGGUACGCCGGCCGCAAGGCCAUCAUCAUGAAGACGUUCGACGACGGAACCUCCGACAAGCAGUUCGGACAUGCCCUCGUGGCCGGCAUCGAUCGCUACCCGCGACGAGUGACCCGCCGCAUGAGCAAGGCGCGCCUCCACAAGCGCUCCAAGAUAAAGCCGUUCGUCAAGAUGCUAAACUACAACCACCUGAUGCCGACGCGCUACAGCGUACCGGACGUCAGCCUCGACAACAAAUAUUCCGUCAAGGACUUGAAGGACCCGGUCAAGCGCAAGAAGGCCCGCUUCCAGAUCCGCGUCAAGUUCGAGGACCGCCACAAGUCGGGCAAGAACAAGUGGUUCUUCCAGAAGCUGCGAUUCUAAGCUGGUGCGUGCGACAUUACCUAACACUAUUGUCCUUAAUCGUUAAGAAGAAGAAUGCGGAAGCGGAAGGGAGGAGUUACUGUGUGUAAACGGAGGAGAAAACGUAAAGAAAAGCCCGUUGAAUGGAAACAAAAA